CUGAAUCCCUCCUUGUCAUUCUCUCUCCUUCGUUCUUCUACUCGCUGUUUCUGCAUCUGUUUCGUCUCACAUACCGGAAAGUCUCUGAAACAUGUCUGGGGAAGAGGAAGAAAACGCCGCAGAGCUCAAAAUUGGAGAUGAGUUUGUUGAAGGCAAAGUGCUUAAUGAAACUGUGAAGUUUCAUUGAUUCUUGGCACAAGUACGAGCAACUUCAACAGACAUCUGAUGAUCCCAUGAAUCAAGUUUCUCAGGUAUUUGAAAAGUCCUUGCAGUAUGUGAAGCGAUUCAGCCGCUAUAAAAAUCCGGAUGCUGUUAGACAAUUCGAGAAAUACUUGCAAGAUCAAUUGGCUGAGUUUGAGUUGUGUGUCCUUGGCAACCUUUGCCCAGAAACUGUGGAGGAAGCCAUUGCUAUGGUUCCAUCUAUCAAGACAAGAGGAACGGGCUCAGGAUGAUGAAGCAAUUGAGAAAAUGCUGAAUGACUUGUCAUUGAUUAAGAAUUUGAAUAAAUAUUUCUUACAGUGGGUUUGUAUACGUUACUGUCACUCAUCGGAUGCAAGCAAAAAUUCUUGUGGUUUGUAUACAGAAACAUGGAUAAUAUCUAGUUUUUGUGACUCUAUUCUAAGAAGGAUUUUGGACACAUGCAUGCUGUGUAUGAAAGUGGCUUUGGCUUAUGAUGUGGUUAGGUGUUCUAUAGCCAUCUAUUUAUGCAGAUUGAUAUUAUACAUUAAGUGGUCAAGUGCAAAAUGAAGCUUUAUGUAAGUCUUGGUUCCUACGAA